GAAGUGAAGAAUGAUGAGGAAGAAAGCAUAACUGAUGAUAAGCAACAACCAAGCACACAAAAUAGUAAAAAAAAGGACACACCACGAAUUAGCAUUAAACCACUUGUUGAACAGAAACUAUGGUUAUUUCGAGGUGCAAAAAAUAUCAAACUCCUUGAAACGUAUUAUUUUCCUACAUGUCCUGAUAAUGUUAAAGAGUUUUUGGUAAAAUUACAGUCACAAAUUAGG